AUGGGUUGCAUGGUACUGAUAGUAAACGGUGUUCAGGACCGGCCAAACACAGGCUACAGCCCCACACACGCGCCCGCCAUAGCUCCUGGAGAGCAUGCGCGAGUGACGCGCUACGUCAGUACAACGAGCCGCGAGAGUGGCAUCAGAGGCAGGAACGACGUGCUCUUGCUGCACCUCGCAGCUGCACCGAGUGUGCUCGCAGUGUAUGCUACGGCCGCCGCCUACGGCAUUGCUCUCGUGCAGCUAGGCGACGCAGGCUGCUGCUGUGGCAGCAGCAGCAGCCUGCUGCUGCCUGAUUCAGUCAAGCCAGCGGCGCAGCGAGGCGUGCAGAAUUCGCGUGGUUUUGUCCCUCCUGAGGCUGAGCGCAUUCGAGCCCAUCGACCGGAGUUGGAUGGUACCACGCGUCUCACUGAGACGCGGGGUACUGGCCAUGGCGGGACGGCCGAGCGUGAGGCGCUGUCGGCGGCCAGAGGCCGAGUUACGGCUGCAGGCAAAAGUCGCUCGCUGCCGUCUGACCUCGAAAAACAUCGCGAUCUAAACGCACGGAACGCGACAGCAACGGCCGAAUGCGUUUUCAUAGUGGGCGCCUUCGGCGCCUCGCCCAUGCGGCGCACCGCCGCUCCUCCCUCGCUCGCCCUGACCAGUUCGUAA